AGGCAAGAAUAAAAUGAAGGCAGCACUAAUAAUUGCAAUUGCCAUUCUUGUAGUUAUUAGUGUUGUUGUAAUCACCUAUUACAUUAGCAGGAGCUGUCGAAACAUAAAAGGUAAGUUUCUUUGCCUUCACAAAUCCUGUAGCCUUUGAAUAUUGGUUGCAACUUCCCUUGGUUCAUUUCUCAUUGUUUGGUCUUGAUUAAAUUCUUCACCCUUUUAGGAAGAGAAAAUGACCGGAGCAAUGAAAAGCAAAAUAAAAUAUGGAACUCCCGUUAUUUGAUUUAGCUGUAAUAUCCAAGCUUACCAAUGACUUCUCUUCCCACAACAAGCUAAGAGAAGGUGACUUUGGGCCUGCAUACAAGAUAAAUGUUCAGAGCUCUUGUAAAAGUGAGUAUUAGUUUAAGAUCAAAUGAACUUUACAAGUACAUUUUUCCAAGACAAGGAUUAGUUGAGUUCAAGAAUGACAUUGCACUUAUAGCCAAACUUCAACAUCGGAAUCUUGUAAAGCUUCUAGGAUGCUGCAUUCAAGGGGAGGAGAAAAUGCUGAUUUACGAAUAUAUGCAUAACAAAAGUUUGGACUUCUUCAUUUUUGGUUCAGAUUCCUUCGAAACCCAGUCAAUUAAAUUCGUAGUAGUAUAAAUUUAAUACAAUUUGUUUCCAUAUUUUAAUGCAACUAUCUGUUUCAAAAACUCUAGUUGAAGACUACAUUAAUACGAAGAUCAUGUUUCAUGACAGAUGAUACAAGGAGGAAAUUAUUAAGACUGGUCAAGGCAUUUUCACAUUAUUUGGGGAAUUGCUAAAGGGCUUGUCUAUCUACAUGAAGAUUUUCGAUUGAGGAUUAUGCAUAGAGAUCUCAAAGCAAGCAAUGUUUUGCUUGAUAGUGAAAUGAACCCCAAAAUUUCUGGCUUCGACAUGGCUAGAACAUUUGGAGAACAGUCUGAGGGAAGCACAAAGAGAGUGUGGUUAUAUGGCACCAAAAUAUGCCAUUUAUGGGCAAUUCUUAGUAAAAUCUGAUGUUUUCAGCUUCGGUAUACUGUUUUUGUAGAUGAUAAGUGGAAAGAAAAAUAGAGGGUUUAACCAUCUUAAGCCUGGCCUUAAUCUUGUUGGACAUACAUGGAGAUUGUUGAAAGAAGGAAAUCCUUUAGAACUGAUUGAUUCAUUUGUACAAGAGUCUUGCACUCUGUCUGAAGUAUUAAGAUGCAUCCAUAUUAUUCUCUUAUGUGCUCAACAACACCCUGACGACAAGCCAAGGAUGUCAUAUGUGGUUUUGAUGCUGACUAGUGAGAUAGCCCUAGAACAACCCGAAGAACCAGGUUUCCUUAUUGACAAGAAAUCACUUGAAACAAAUUCUUCAUCCGAAGCUCAAAACCCAGUAGUGCAGCUCCUGGAUUCUGGAAAUCUUGUUCUACAGGACAGAAAUGCUGGUAUUUUGUGGCAAAGCUUUGACUAUCCAACUGAUACUUUGCUGCCAGAGAUGAAACUUGGAUGGGACUUACGGACAGGUCUUAAUCGACAAAUAUUGGCGUGGAAGUCCCCAGAUGAUCCAUGCCCAGGAGACUUAAUUUAUGGGGUAGUGCCAUACAAUAAUCCUGAUACUGUUGUUUGGAAAGGAUCGAGAGAAUACUCUCGGACAGGCCCCUGGAAUGGCAUUGGAACGAGUGGUGCACCCCAAUUGAAGCCAAAUCCGUGGUUUACGUACAACUUAGUCUCAAAUGAAGAGGAGGUUUACUACAUUUUUUCCCUCAAAAACAAAUCACCAAUCACAAGGCUUAUUGUGAACCAAACUACCAGCAGGGUGGAACGCUAUUUCUGGAAUGAAGACACUCAGACUUGGACAGUGUCCAACCAUAUUCCAUCGGAUGACUGUGACAUCUAUGGGACUUGUGGGGCAUAUGGGAACUGUGUCAGUACAGCACUACCGCCUUGUCAAUGUUUAAGAGGUUUCAAGCCAAAAUCGCAAGAAGAAAGCUCAGUGGACUGGCUUCAGGGAUGCGUGCGCAAUAAACCUUUAGAUUGCCAUACAGGUGAUGGAUUUAUCAAAGUUGGUGGUCUGAAACUGCCAGACACUGCACAUUCUUGGGUGAAUAAGAGUAUGAACCUCAAGGAGUGCAGGGCUAAAUGCUUAGAGAAUUGUUCUUGUAUGGCCUAUACAACCUUGAAUAUUAAAGAAUCCAGCGGUUGUGCAAUUUGGUUUGAUGAUCUAAUUGAUCUUAAACUGGUCCAAUCUUCUGGACAAGAUUUAUAUGUUCGAGUGGCUGCUUCUGAUUCAGACCAAGAAGAGACAAAAGGCAAGACUAAAAUAAUGGCAGGACUGAUAAUUGCAGCUGUCAUUCUUGUAGUUACUGGUGUUUUUGUAAUCACCUACUACAUUCGAAGGAGCCAUCGGAACAUAGAAGGGAGAGAAAAUGGCUGCAGUGAUGAAAGGCAAAUUGAAGAUAUGGAACUCCCAUUGUUUGAGGUAGCUUUAAUAUCAAAUGCCACCAAUAGCUUCUCUUCAAACAAUAAGCUUGGAGAAGGUGGCUUUGGGCCUGUAUACAAGGGUACUCUACCAGAUGGAACAGAAAUUGCUGUGAAGAGGCUCUCAAGAAGCUCUGGACAAGGAUUAGUUGAGUUUAAGAAUGAAGUAGCACUUAUAGCCAAACUUCAACAUCGAAAUCUUGUAAAGCUUCUAGGAUGCUGCAUUCAAGGGGAGGAGAAAAUGCUAAUUUACGAAUAUAUGCCCAAUAAAAGUUUGGACUGCUUCAUUUUUGAUCGUACAAGAAGGAAUCUAUUAGACUGGCCAAAGCGUUUUCACAUUAUUUGUGGAAUUGCUAGAGGACUUGUCUAUCUACACCAAGAUUCUCGAUUGCGGAUCAUCCAUAGAGAUCUCAAAGUAAGCAAUGUUUUACUUGAUAGUGAAAUGAACCCCAAAAUUUCUGACUUUGGCAUGGCUAGAACAUUUGGAGGAGAACAAUUUGAGGGGAACACAAAGAGAGUAGUUGGAACCUAUGGUUAUAUGGCACCAGAAUAUGCCAUUGAUGGGAAGUUCUCAGUAAAAUCUGACGUUUUCAGCUUUGGUAUAUUGUUGUUGGAGAUAAUAAGUGGGAAGAAGAAUAAAGGGUUUUACCAUCUCAACGACAACCUUAACCUUAUUGGACAUGCUUGGAGAUUGUGGAAAGAAGGAAAUGCUUCAGAAUUGAUUGAUUCAUUUGUGCAAGAAUCUUGCACUCUAUCAGAAAUAUUAAAGUGCAUCCACAUUAGUCUCUUAUGUGUUCAACAACAUCCUGAGGACAGGCCGAGUAUGUCAUCUGUGGUUUUAAUGCUGAGUAGUGAGACUGCACUGGUAAAACCCAAAGAACCUGGUUUCCUUUUUGACAAGAAAUCACUUAAAACAAAUUCUUCAGCCAGCAAGCCUGAAUCAUCUUCAACAAAUGAACUUAGCUACUCCGUGUUGGAGCCUCGAUAAAGGGUUAUAGUGGACCUUUGGCAGUGGUGACCGGGACUAGCUAGCUUCAGCCCUAAUAUAACGGUAUAGCAAGCUCUGGUUGUAUGGUUCUUUGAUGCUGCUUGUGUGUAGGACUUAGAAUUCUCAUUGCACUUGGAAGUCAAGCAAAUCGACUAGUGGUUGCUGCUGUCUUGUAUGUAGGAGUUAGAAUUCUCAUUGCAC